ACAACACUAAGUACCAGAAAAUUGGCCCAUACAGCCUCUCCGCAAGCAACAAGUAGCUGCCGUUCUGCUUGCCGGUACUUUCAGGAUGACGAGUCUCUGGUGUCAUAAAGUUAGUACUUUAAAACAUUUUUUUAUUCUUACACAUUGUUUAUAUGAUUUAUAUUUAUAACCUGAUUAAGAUUAUUUGAAGAGGCUUCAGGCAGUCCUUCCAAGGGCAGGUGGGUGGUCAAGGGCACCUGACCAUUUCACCAUGUCUUUUUUUAAUGGGCCUAAACUGCUGGAUUUUAAGAAUUCACCACCACAUCUUCAGUUCAACAAGUAUGUCCUAACAGGAUACCGGCCCAUAUCCACUUACAGAGACUGUCUGCGAAGUUUGUUUUAUCUUCACAAUGAAUUUGGAAACAUCUAUACACACGGCAUUCCCUUCAUCUGUUUUUUGCUGUUUUUGCCUGCGAGUAUCCCAUGGGCUGAAGUAGAUGAGUGGUGGAUUGGUGUGGUGCAUUAUUUGGCUUGUCUUUCUCCUACUGUUUGUUCAGUCUUCUAUCAUCUCUUUAUGAACCAUGAAGGUGGCGCACCAACUUAUGACACGCUGCUGUGCUUUGAUAUGUUGGGCGUCUGUCUGGUCAACACUUUUGGAGCUCUGCCAAUUAUAUAUAUCACUUUGCUGUGCUAUCCAUUCUCUCGUCAUGUGACAAUGGUGGCCUAUCUGUUUCUUUCUGGAUAUGGGGUGUAUUGUGCUGUCACUGCGCGAAGCAACGUUCAUCGCCUGCGUUCCUUCGCCUGGCAGGCGGUCUUUCGAUUCUUUCUCUUUGUGCUGCGUGUGAUUGGUAUAGGGAGAGGAAGCCCCGCCUCUGUACGCCUCUACCUUACCAUGGAUAUGCUUGCGUUGCUAGGAGGACUCGUCAAUAUUUCCCGCCUGCCCGAGCGCUUUAGACCGGGGCGGUUUGACUACUGGUGUAACAGUCAUCAAAUAAUGCACGUCAUGGUCAUCCUCUCCAUCCUGUACUUACACUGGGGCAUGCUGGAGGAUUUAACCUGGUUAAAAGGAUUUCACUGUCCCCAAUAUUAAAGCAACACUAAAGACUUUUUGCUCUUUGCUUCCCCUACAGGAUAGAAGGGUAAUUGUCCAUUACCACUGUCGUAAAUACUGCAGCAUAGCUGGCUCUGAUUGGAUUGUAGGUCUUCCGUAAAGCAAGUUUUUACUCGAACUACAGGACCAUGACCCGAUGGUUGUAAACUUCUUUAGUGCGGUUUUGGCCGAUAGAGGGCUGCAAAGCAAAUGUGAAAGUGCCGUUCACCCUGUUUCGAGUGGAUGAACGACUGAAACUUUUUUGGAAACGUUAUUUUAAGGUAAAAAAAACUCUUUGGUGUUGCUUUAAACCUGUUGACUUGAAAAUUCAAUUUUGUAUCGAAGAUGACCAUGUUGCUUUGGCAAAGCAUGAAACAAUUAAAAUACAGUGGAUGCCGCAUGAUUACUUUAUUACUACAGGAUAUGGGCUACAUGGUAGUCCAAAGGACUUCCAAGGAGGUCCAAUUUUUCUGCAUUUCUCACACCAGCAGGGACUUUAAUGACACCACAUUCUAAAUAUAUGGAGAUUAACAUGAAGAUAUGUCUCCUCUUUGGAACUAUAACAGCUUCCACUCAUCUGGAGAGCCUUGAACAAGAUUUUGGAGUGCUUCCUAAUUUUUGCCCAUUCGUCCAGCAUUUAAAAUCAUUUUUGCAGGCACUAGUUGAUGUUUAACAAAAAGGUCUGGUUCACAAUCUCAAUUCUAGUUCAUUUCAAAGCUGUUUUUGUGGGGUUGAAGUUCAGGUGAGCCAGCUAAGUUCUUCCACACCAAACUCAUCCAACCAUGUUUUUGGAAAUUUAAGGAAAUCGGUUGGCAAAAUAUUCUUUAUACAAUAAAAGUAUUAAAGGAAAAUGACACAGUUUUUCAAUAUUUUACUAUGUUCUUAACUCAACUUAAACAAAUACAUACCUAAUUUUUGCAAUGCGUGCACUUUAUCUUUGUACAGCGUGUUAUGAAUGUGUUAGCAUUUAGCAUCUAGCCCAAUGAUUCCUUAGGAUCCAAACAAGGAUGAAUUUAGAAGCCACCAAACACUUUAAUGUUUAACAUCAUCAUUCCCGUGAACUCCCCCCUCUCUCUCAAACUCAGUGAGAUGGAGUGAUGUUACUGCGUGCCAAGGUCGAAGUGCUGCAAACUAAGUGCUCUUCUGCCAUACAAUAUAGUUCUCAUUUUUUAUCCGCUUAAAAAAAUUGCCACGUUUUAUUUUGUGCCUAGG